CAUACCGUAUUCUUUGGCACAUCUACAGCCCAUUUCUCUUCUAAUUUUUUCAUUAUCUCUGGUCCUGGUAAGAGAGAAAUUCCUUGGACUUUCAGAGUUCAGAGCCCUCCCCCCCCAGUUCCACACUUCCACCCGGUUUCCCCCUCUUUCUUUGUAUCUUCUUGUUGUUGUUGAUCUCUGGAAUUAAGGGGGAUUUGAUUUCUCUGACUAGGAACUCAAGUGGGUUUCCAUGAUUCAUUCAGCAGCCCUGCAUCUCUGCUAGGGCUGCAGGAUUGUCUAAAAAAGGGGAGGAGGCAAAAAUGGUUUUCAAGGGGAGAUUUUUCUCCUCUAAGAAAUCAGAUUCUUCAAGCCCCGAUGGAUCGAACAGUCCCAAAACCCUAAGUUCAGAUUCGCCCAACAGAUCCGAGAAGAAGAAGGUCAAAUCCACGAAGGAUGAUCAGCAGAUCGGUCCCAGUGGCGGGAACUUUGGUGUUGGGUGUCGUCAAACGCAUGUCAAAGAUGGCAGGAAGCAGCCGCAGCCGCAGCCGGAGCAGCAGCAGCAGAAGAAGAAGGAGAUCAAGGGGAAGGAAGUUCAAGCUCCAUUGAAGUCGACUUCGGCGGCAGUUUCUAGUAAUGCUUCCAGUUCGGUUUCGAAAUUGCGGAAAAUGCCUGAGGUGAAAGAGGGGCCUUCGGCGGUCGCGCCACUUCUGGCAUCGUCACUUGGGUUGAAUAGGAUAAAGACGAGAUCAGGGCCGUUGCCACUGGAGAGCUUCUUUGGGUUCCGCGGGGACAAGGGGUUGAAUGGUGCGAGCAAUUUAUCGAGGCCUGCUACCGAUGGGUCUUCGCCUUCGACUUCCUCAUCGGCAGCUUCCGGGAAGAACAUUGGCAAGAAGAAAGAUGUUCAGAAACUUAAUAAGGACAAUGCUUCACCUGGUAGUUGGAUUGGCAAUGGCAGCAAUUGCGAUAGCAUGUCGACUGGGAGUACACUAUCAAGGGAUCAGAGUCCGAGUGUCCAGGUCAGGUCCUGUCUACAGAAUGGUGACUCAUCAGCCGAAAUGGGGCGAUAUAAUUCAUCUUGGGGACAAACUAGUGGCUUAAGAAGUUCAGAUGCUCAUACUCCAGAGGUACAGACUUCAUAUGAUUGUGAUAUGCCAAAGGAGUCCGAAUCUCCUCGUUUUCAAGCAUUACUUCGAGUUACAAGUGCUCCUAGGAAAAGGUUUCCUGCUGAUAUUAAGAGCUUCUCCCAUGAAUUGAACUCCAAAGGUGUUCGACCUUUUCCAUUUUGGAAGCCUCGGGGCUUAAAUAAUUUGGAGGAGGUUUUGGUUGUCAUACGGGCAAAAUUUGACAAAGCAAAGGAAGAAGUGGACUCUGAUCUGGCAAUUUUUGCAGGAGAUCUGGUUGGUGUUUUAGAAAAAAAUGCAGAAACCCAUCCUGAAUGGCAAGAGACCAUUGAGGAUUUGUUGGUUUUGGCUCGACGUUGUGCUGUAAUGUCACCUGGUGAGUUUUGGCUUCAGUGUGAGGGCAUAGUUCAGGAUUUGGAUGAUCGGCGUCAGGAACUUCCCAUGGGUAUGCAGAAGCAGCUGCACACUCGCAUGCUUUUCAUCCUCACCAGAUGUACCCGGUUGGUGCAAUUUCACAAGGAAAGUGGGUUUGCUGAGGAUGAACCUGUUCUUAGUCUUCAUCAAUCUAAAAUUAUCCAUUCUGCUGAUAAACGAGUUAUAUCAGGCCCAGUAAGGGAAGGGAAAAAUUUUAAUGCUGCAAAGGGCUCAAAGGCAGCAUCAGCAAGGAAAUCUUAUAGCCAGGAGCAACAUGGCUUGGAUUGGAGGAGAGGGCAUACAAUACAGCCCAUGAAUUUAGUCUUGCCUCCUGAUGCAGAAGCUCAAAAGAACAUUGAAUCACCUGCAAGCAGGGACCGAAUAGCUUCUUGGAAGAAACUCCCAUCUCCUGCAGCAAAAAAUCAGAAGGAUCCUGUGCCAGUGAAGGAUGAUUCCUUACAGGUAUUAAGCAACAGGAAAGAAAGUUAUGAUGCAGAUAUGGCUGCUAUUAAGUCUCCUGAACUUCCUCCUACCAAAGAUCUACAUUCUUCUGCUCCUUCCAAGCAUCAGCAUAAAGUUUCUUGGGGUUACUGGGGGGAUCAGCAGAAUAUUACUGAUGAAAAUUCGAUAAUUUGUCGCAUUUGUGAGGAGGAGGUACCAACUUCUCAUGUGGAAGACCAUUCAAGAAUCUGUGCUAUUGCUGAUAGAUGUGAUCAGAAAGGCUUAAGUGUCAAUGAGCGUCUUAUCAGGAUUGCUGAAACUCUUGAGAAGAUGAUGGAGUCCUUUGCACAAAAGGACAUGCAGAAUGCAAUGGGCAGUCCAGAUAUUGCAAAAGUCUCAAACUCAAGUAUCACUGAAGAUUCUGAUAUUCAAUCUCCAAAACUCAGUGAUUGGUCCCGCAGGGGCUCUGAGGACAUGCUUGAUUGCCUCCCAGAGUCUGAUGAUUCUGUUUUUAUGGAUGACCUAAAGGGUGGUCUACCCUCUAUGUCAUGUAAAACUCGUUUUGGUCCAAAAUCUGACCAAGGAAUGACAACAUCAUCGGCAGGUAGCAUGACUCCUCGAUCUCCAUUAUUGACUCCAAGAAUCUGCCAAAUAGACAUGCUAUUGGCCGGAAAGGGUGCAUACUCUGAACAUGAAGAUCUUCCACAGAUGAAUGAACUUGCCGAUAUUGCUCGAUGUGCGACAAAUACACCCAUGGAUGAUGAUCGAUCCAUGCAAUAUCUGGUCUCCUGCCUUGAAGACUUAAAGGUUGUAGUUAACCAUAGAAAGCUAGAUGCACUUACAGUGGAGACAUUUGGAGCAUGCAUAGAGAAAUUGAUAAGGGAGAAAUACUUACAGCUUUGCGAACUAGUUGAUGAUGAUAAAGUGGAUAUAACAAGUACCACAAUAGAUGAAGAUUCCCCUUUAGAAGAUGAUGUUGUCCGAAGCUUGAGGACGAGUCCUAUUCACUCUAUGAAGGACCGAACUUCUAUAGAUGACUUUGAAAUAAUAAAACCAAUCAGCCGUGGGGCAUUUGGGCGGGUUUUCUUGGCAAAGAAAAGAACAACUGGUGAUCUUUUUGCUAUAAAGGUUCUUAAAAAGGCGGACAUGAUUCGUAAAAAUGCUGUUGAGAGCAUCUUGGCUGAGCGUGACAUUUUAAUUUCAGUUCGCAAUCCUUUUGUGGUUCGUUUUUUCUAUUCUUUUACAUGUCGCGAGAAUUUAUAUCUUGUGAUGGAGUACUUGAAUGGAGGAGAUCUAUAUUCUUUGUUGAGAAAUUUAGGAUGCUUGGAUGAAGAUGUUGCUCGUAUAUACAUAGCAGAAGUUGUGCUUGCUUUGGAAUACUUGCAUUCAUUACGUGUGGUUCAUCGUGAUUUGAAGCCUGAUAAUCUAUUGAUUGCACAUGAUGGUCAUAUCAAGUUGACAGACUUUGGGCUUUCGAAGGUUGGUCUCAUCAACAGUACCGAUGAUUUGUCUGGUCCAGCUGUUAGUGGGACAUCUCUACUUGGAGAGGAUGAACCUCAGUUAUCUGUUUCUGAGCAAUUGCAUCAGCGGGAAAGGCGGCAGAAACGUUCUGCUGUUGGCACACCUGAUUAUUUGGCACCAGAGAUACUCUUGGGAACAGGACAUGGCGCAACAGCAGAUUGGUGGUCUGUGGGUGUUAUUCUUUUUGAAUUGAUUGUUGGCAUUCCACCCUUUAAUGCCGAACAUCCACAGACAAUUUUUGACAAUAUACUCAAUCGGAAAAUACCUUGGCCCCAACUGCCUGAAGAAAUGAGCCCUGAAGCACAAGAUCUAAUUGAUCGACUUUUGACAGAGGAUCCUAGUCAGAGACUUGGAGCUAAAGGAGCAUCAGAGGUGAAGCAACAUGUGUUCUUCAAGGACAUCAACUGGGACACACUUGCCAGGCAGAAGGCUGCAUUUGUUCCUGCUUCAGAGAGUGCCCUUGAUACAAGUUACUUCACAAGUCGUUACUCCUGGAAUCCCUCAGAUGGUCAUGUUUAUGCAGCAAGUGAAUUUGAGGAUUCUAGUGACAGUGGCAGUGUAAGUGGCAGCAGCAGUUGCUUAAGCAACCGUCAGGAUGAACAGGGUGAUGAAUGUGGAGGUCUUGCUGAGUUUGAAUCUAGCUCAUCUGUGAAGUACUCAUUUAGUAACUUUUCAUUCAAGAAUCUCUCCCAGCUUGCAUCAAUCAAUUAUGAUUUGCUUACCAAGGGUCUGAAGGAUGAACCAUCAAUGAAUCAUGAUGCAUAAUUUUGCCAACUUCUCCAUUGAGAAAGGGGAGCAGUGUUUUGAUGUUUGAUUGAUAAGGCAGCAGUGAGGACCCCACCAACCUCGGUGGUGGUUUGUACAGUCUGUAAAUAGAUAGAAGCUCAAGAUUACUACUGCCGGGAUGCGCUCUUUCCUUAUAUAGGCUAAGGCUCCACAUUGUGGGGCUCCAAUUUUAGUCCUGAGUCAUUUGUUUGGUUUUAAGGAUCACUCUGUACAUUAAUUACCUUCCCUGGAAAUGGGCCCUUUUGAUGGAAACGUGUGGUUGACAUCCCCCAUGGCAAUGAGAUCGCAUCCCAUGUUGUUUACAUUUACGAGUGUAAUUAGCUUCUCAGUUUUCACAAGUUUCUUGUUAUCCUUAACCCCCAGAUAACCUCAUUUUCAAGGCAUUUGUGGGGGAAUCUCGAGUAAAAAAAUUUGGUUGGCAGUGGCAA